AUGGAGAAAGAUAUUGCGCUCCCGGAAGGCACUAAGGGGUCUCUCACGACAGAGGAGCUACAGAUAAAUGGGAAUGAGCUAGUUUGUCAUUCUUGGCUCUGGAAGCGAUCAAGAACGACGUUGCUGUGGAAGAAAUUGUGGUUUGUGUUAAGAAGAAACAAUCAGUUGGCAAUAUAUAAAGACGAUAAUGAAUAUAAGCCAUUGAACAUCAUAAACUUGAAGCAAGAUGACAUAACAGUAUCCAAAAUUGUGAAGAAAGACAAGGAAAAAGAUAAGUUCCAGUUUGCACUAUUUAGCCCCAAAAAUAAGACGAUACAUUUGAAAGCCUCAAAUGAGUUUGAUUUCAAUAACUGGUUUUUAAAUCUUCAAAGACUUUUACAGUCGCCUAAUGGUAUAUUCAUCGGUGAUCAAACCAGUGACCAUGGUAUGAAUAACAAUAGUAGCAUAAGUAUCCACAAUCAACCACAAACUCAACGGCGUAAUAGUUCACAGCAAAAUUUGACCACCAGUGAUCUUGAGGAUAAUUUAAACGAUGACGAUUAUUUUACCUCGGAUAAUGAAGCACCACCUGGUCAAAGUUGCUUUAAUCCUAUGUAUAUCUCUGAAGGUCCAAUUAUUGAAGAAAACGAGGACGAGAUUUUGAAAGAAGAACAGGAACUAGUUGAAGAACAGUCAUCACAAAACAAAAUGAAUCUCGAAAGAAUCAAGAAAAUAUCUCCUGAUUUUAUGAAAGAUUACCUCAUUGAACACUAUUCUUAUAACUCUACGUUGAAGGAACACAUAAUACAAAAAGGGUACCUUCUAAGGUUGCAAAAUUUAAAUCAAUGGAAGAAAUUUUUCAUCGUUCUUACGAACAGAAGCUUGAUUUUCUAUAAAAUCCACAAUUAUAGCGAUACAAAGAACAUUGAUUAUGAGACAUUGAUUGGUGAACUAGGAGAAAAAGUGGACAUUAAAAAAUCUAAGAAGAUAAGAGUUUUACCUGCAAAGAUUAUUGGCCUCGAAAACUUGGUAGAUGUCGUGGAGUUAGAUCCUCUUUCGAGGAGUAAGCAGAAUUGUUUGUUAAUAAUUACACCAAAGAAACGAUAUAGAUUUUGCACCAAAACUGAGAUGGAGUUGGUAAAUUGGUUGAUUAUUUUCAAGAGUUUUUUGAUUGUUAGAAAAAAAGAAAUUGAGUUUUCAAAAAGCCCAUAG